AUGAUUCGCGAGGAAGUUCGUUUGACCAGUGAAAGUGAACCAGGGGGAGCUUUUACGGCAUUUAAGAAGAACAGUGCGAAAAAGAACGAACAAUCAAGUGCUAAGUCUAACAAAAAGCUGCGAAAACCGAAGGAGCGAAAAGACGUUGAGUGCUUCAAAUGUAAAGAAGUGGGGCAUUAUGCGAGGGACUGCAAAAACAAAAGAAAGGGACAAGCUAAACAGAACGAUCCAAUAUUUCUGGGCGACAACGAGAGAUGCAACGUCGUAGGCGUAGGUACAAUUCCAAUACAGAAGUUCGUAAAUGUUGGCGUUUGUACUUCUAGAAGCUUCGAGGUUGUGUUUAAAAAAGACUCUGUGAAAGUCGUGGACAGGGAUAAAGUACUCGCGAUAGGAAUCAAACAAGAUAACGAAAUCUAUCGAAUGCUGUUUCGAGAGGACAAGUCAAGGGGCAGCAACGAGGCAAGUGUAGCGACAUCGAGCUUGCGAGCGUGGCACGAGCGACUCGGCCAUGUAAAUUGUCGUACACUGUGUGCUUUAGUAAACAAAGAACUAGUAAGUGGCAUUAAACUAUCAGAUAAAAACGAGUUCUUUUGCGAUUCAUGUAAAAUCGGAAAAUCGCAUCGUCUAGAGUUUCACAAGUGUCGUGAACGAGAGUCUACACUAUCGCAACACUGCGGGUGCCCUAGUGGUGUCCACGCGCAGUGGCAUGCGUACGUCACUGUAAAGCCUAUCACACAAUAGGAAAGCACAGGGAAUAGGAAUAGGGAAUAACACAGGCAACAGAAAUAACUAAAUUCCAACUUACCAGAAACCGUGCAUCGACGCACAAUGGAAUAUGGAAUAGGCAAUAGGAAUAGAAUAUCCGACGCGUUGGAUUUCUGUUCCCUAUUCCCUGUGCCUGAUCUACCUGACCAAUCACAGUGGAGACUGGGACAGACACGUGGUUUUAAAAUGCAGAUGAUUGGACAGCACGACUAUUGCCAACGAACCAUUAUGUCUUGGCAUUACAUAGAUUUCUAUUCCCUAUUUCUAUUCCCUAUUCCUAUUGCCUGUGCUUUCCUAUUGUGUGAUUUACCCCCAUCCACGCGCAUGCGCAGUCGUGCGAUUGCCAUGCCAGCCUAGCCCCAACCGCAACACUGGUCUACAGUACCGGG